AUGGAGGGGGAGUCUGCAAGGAAGAGGAAGAUAACCCGAAACACCCGGGCAGGUGAGGCGGAAGAAGGUGGACAAAGCUCCUGCCAGAGCUCAGAGCUGGUGGUCCAUGAGCAGCUUCAUGAUGGGGAAUGGCCAUACAAGUGUGGAAAAUGUGGGAAGGGCUACAGGUGCAGCUCAGAACUCCUCAACCACCAGCGGAUUCACGCCGAGAAGAGGCCUUUCCGCUGCCCUGAAUGUGGGAAGGGUUUCAACCGCAACUCCCACGUCGUCCGCCACCAGCGUAUCCACACUGGGGAGAGGCCCUACGAGUGUCCCCAGUGUGGGAAGAGGUUUCACACUAGAUCCAAUCUCCUCCAUCACCAGCGGAUUCACAGUGAGGAGAGGCCCUUCUGCUGCCCUGACUGCGGGAAGGGCUUCAAGCAUAACUACACCCUCGUGACCCACCAGCGCAUCCACACCGGGGAGAGGCCCUACAAGUGUCCCCAGUGUGGGAAGAGCUUCAUCCAGAGCUCUAAGUUAACCAGACACCAACGGAUGCAUGAUGGGGAGAAGCCCUACAAGUGCUUGGAGUGUGGGAAGAGCUUCAGGCAGAGCAGCACCCUGAUCAGCCACCAGAUGAUCCACACUGGGGAAUGGGCCUACAAGUGUGGGGAGUGUGGGAAGGGCUUCAGCUGCAGCUCAGAACUUGUCAGGCAUCAACGCAUCCACACUGGGGAGAGGCCCUACGAGUGUCCCGAGUGUGGGAAGAGGUUUCACAUGAGCUCCAAUCUCCUCCAGCACCAGUGGAUUCACACAGAUGAGAGGCCCUUCCGCUGCUCUGACUGCGGGAAGGGCUUCAACCGCAACUCCCACCUUGUCACCCACCAGCGUAUCCAUACCCGGGAGAGGCCCUACGAGUGUCCCCAGUGUGGGAAGAGCUUCAGACAGAGCUCUCAUUUGAGCAGA